UAGUACAGUAACAUACCUGAAUUAAAGGCAGAGGCGUGGUUUAUGUGAAUUUAUGGAGAAACCCUCUAACUGCAUAACAGAUGUGAUGGGGAGGGGGAGAGAGAUUAGUGGUGCUUUAAUGAUUUGAAAGCACUUGAGCUUAAAGCUGAUGGGGAGGGGGUUAAACCACCAGUACCAUACUUAUCACAAUAUACACACAUCAGCAUGUCUGGCUGAGGGCUGCUGGGAAAACAAACCGGCAUCGUCUUAAUGUUAAUUUAGUAAGGUAUUUCCCCACCCAAGAUAUCCGGAGGUAUUCAUUUAUCAGGCUGUGCAUUGGAUUCUUGACACAGAGUUGGCAUGAGGUUUGUGGACAUGGGUGUCCGUGUUCGGCGGACUGCUGAACCAGCAGAACCUGAACCACAACCAAAACCAGAACAUAAGCACCAUCCUGCUCAUCCAACUCAUCACAACUAUGAACACAUGAAGAACAAGUUCAUGAAUGAGCUGGAACAUCUUCCAUUGCCGAUGUGGGCUGUAGGAGCCAUCGUGGUCGUGGUUCUCGCCCUUGUGGCUUGCUUUACAUUUUGCAUGUUCAAGAAAUGCUUUGGCAAGAAGAAGAAAUCCAAGAAGGCUCGAGAGAGGAAGAGAGCAGGACGGAGAAAAAAAGAAGGGACUGAAGGAGAGGGUGAAGGAGAACAAAAGGAAGAAGGAGAAAAAAAGGAGGGAGACGUGCAAAAAGAAGAGCAAGAAAACCUUGGAAAACUGGAAUUCUCUUUGGAUUACACCUUCACUGAUGCUCAGCUGAUAGUUGGAGUUCUUCAGGCUCAAGAUCUUCCCGCUAUGGAUAUAGGCGGUACAUCCGACCCAUAUGUGAAAGUUUACUUGCUUCCAGACAAGAAGAAGAAGUUUGAAACCAAAGUCCAGCGCAAAAAUCUGUGCCCUGUGUUUAAUGAGACCUUCAUCUUCAAGAUUCCCUAUGCUGAAUUGGGUGGUAAAACUCUGGUGCUUCAGGUGUUUGAUUUUGAUCGGUUUGGUAAACAUGAUGUGAUCGGCCAGAUAACGAUUCCCAUGAGCUGUGUGGAUCUCGGACAACCGCUGCAUGAAUGGAGGGAUCUCGAAAGUGGAGAAAAGGAGGAGGAGAAACUUGGAGACAUUUGUAUUUCUCUGCGUUAUGUGCCCACUGCUGGCAAACUCACCGUCAACAUAAUGGAGGCCAAAAAUCUAAAAAAAAUGGAUGUUGGUGGUUUAUCAGAUCCGUAUGUGAAGAUUGUGUUACAGCAUAACGGAAAGCGUCUGAAGAAGAAGAAAACUACUGUUAAAAAGAACACACUGAACCCAUACUUUAAUGAGAGCUUCAGCUUUGAGGUCCCAUUUGAACAGAUUCAGAAAGUCCAGCUCCUCAUUACUGUGUAUGACUACGACAAGCUGGGAAGCAACGACCCCAUUGGCAAAACCUUUAUUGGUUAUGGCGCCACAGGUGUCGGCUUACGCCAUUGGUCGGAAAUGCUGGCCAAUCCCAGACGUCCAGUGGCCCAGUGGCACACGCUUCAACCAGAGGAAGAGGUAGAAGCAGCUUUGAAAGCACCACAUCGCUAAACAUCGUCAUGGUAACAAGUGGGUAAUAUACCCAGAGUAUACAUCACAUCCAGGGCAACAGUGAAUCAUCCACCUACUGCGCAACUUAGUGAAUGGCAUUGAUAGGCACUGCAUGCAUCAGCUUUACUAGCAUGACCAGUGAUCUUUACAGUUUAUGUUUCGUGGAAUCUUAGCAUUGCUGAGUUAUAGUUUCACGCAUAUUGUUUUCUCUCCCGAGGUUAUUUUGUGUUACGUGAAGAUCUUCUUGAUUUGUUAUGAGUUGUAUAACUAAAUACAUGUGGUUAUGUUUGGAGUAGAUGUGUUUUCUUUAUGGUAGCUGUCACUCUGCAUGGUUUUGUAAGUUAUUUUUGUGUUAAAGACGUGAUGAUGAAUUGUUGCUAAUUUUGGUGAGAGUUAAACCAGUACAGACAGUAUGUCAGCGAUUUUUGGCAAAUACAAAACGAGAUAAGAAUUAAAAUCUUCUCUUCUGCAUUGAAUUAAUAGCUAAGCAAAUGACAACAGUUAAAAUGGUUAUAUUUAUAUGAAUUGAAUGCUAUUGUCAAAACAAGGUACAGAUUUAUUUUGUUCCACUUUUGUAUACCCAAUGCUAAACUCACUUUGUGUUUGAAAAUGCAAAUCAAAUUAAACAGAUGUAUCAUUUGUUUCUUGUGUGCACUCUAUUUAACCACAUUUUAAUGCCAAGGACUCUCUAACGAGGGUCUUUCGAAAAUCAAAGGUAUAUGUUUUUCAUGUACAGUAAACAAUAUGAUAUUAUGAACAUAAUUUGUUGCAUAAUUUGCUUGUAAGUAUGCAGUACAAUACAACAAUACAGUGUAAAAAUAAUACAUUAAUUUUGAUGAAAUUAUGUAGUGUGUAGCACUCAUGUAGUGUGAAGCAUGGUUGCUUUUAUUAACACAUUAGUGGUUAAGACUGACAUUACAAGAGAAUAUUCAUAUGCAUUAUCGGCUACACAAGCAAAAAUAAAACGAACAAAAAAGAAACUGAUUAAAGCAGAGUACAUUUUUGUGAUAUACUAUAAUGAUACUAUCUAAACAUGGAGGAGAAUGAAAUUAACACAGAGAAAUAAAUGAUUGUGCUCUAAGUAAUAGCAGUGAUUCAUUAUUCAUUAUAUGUGUUUCACUUAAGAUCAGAGGUGCUGAUGACAUUAGCUGUAGCUUUUUGCUGCUCAUACCUGUUUCGCUUUAACUUUGUAACUUUUGUGCUCUUAGGUCAAUAAAUGAGGCUAAGGGUUCAUCGCUCAUUGGCCCAUUACAACCACACAUGUCCACCAGGGGACGUGCAAAUGUUACAUAAACAGUAGUGUUAAAUGGGUAAAGAGCACUGCUGCCUAUGUUGAGCAAGCCUGCAGUGCCAUUCUGAAGAUCAUUUUAUAGACAUUUAUACUUCUUUUUAUCAUCUGUUUUGAUAGUUUCCAGUAAAAAUCAUGCAAAAGGACAAAAACAUGUAGUCACAUAAUCAUUUUUGAUGUUUAAAUGUGGUUUCGUAUUCUUCUUUCUAAUACUAUUUACUAUUUGUGUAAUUUAUCACAUUGAGACCAAAAGUAAUCAGUGUAACAGUUUGACUUUAACGGAAAUGUAACAUUAUUCAUUAAACUCUAAGAUAUAUAAAAGAUAUAUAAAAAUGAGCACUUAGAAGCAAUACUUCAGGUUUUCUUAUCUUGGUUUGUUCCUCCACCUUUUAUGAAAAGUCUGUAGCUCUACAUGUGAGACUAGAACAAGAAGGAAAAUAAUUGGUCUCACUUUAUAUUAGAUUGCCUUAACUACUACGUACCUAACAGUUUGAUGCAAUAUAGUUAUCAUUUCAUUUGCAAUUACACUGUUAACUGUAACCAACCCUUUCUCCUUAACCUAUCCACACCCCAAACUCAUGAGCAGUAAAUGUGGGAAUGUGGUUACACAGUAGAUCAAGACAAUGUCUUGUAGGCAUUCAAUGAAGGCCACCUAAUAUAAAGUGUGACCAAUUAAUCUUCUAGAACAAAAGAACUGCCUGCCAACAAGUAUGUUGUUCAUUUUAUCAAGCCAUCUGUCUGUUAUCUGUUUCAUAGAGUUGCAAUUUUAUGUUCAUCCUGUCCGUCUAGCACAGUGUUUCUCAACCCUGGUCCUGGGCGCCCGCCAACACUGCACAUUUUGUAUGUCUCCCUUAUC